AUGGCUAAGUCCCCUGCUUCCAACGACGCGUCGACCAUGGAAGCUCCCACCAGCUCCGUCCUGACUAUCCGGGCGAAACCUGCCACCAAGCAAAAGCUCCCUGCCACUCCUACUACCUCGUCGCCAAGAUCAUCGGCAGCCAGCACCCCGAACGCUUCGAACAAUGCCAAAAGCACUCGCCCUCGCAAGGAUCACACCCCACCUAUGACCAAUCCCAAGCCAGUCACUCCCAUGACUCCCCACCCUGUGAUUCCUAAGCUCACCAAUAACACUGAGGCGGCCACCAAAACCCGCAAGAUGAAGCAUGAGGUUACCCUAAAGGCUCAAAUCGAAGACUUGAAGCGUCAAAUCGCUGAGAGGGAUGCCCAGAUCAUGUGGCUCAAGGUUGAACUGCAAUCACACGUUGCCAGACAGUUCUUUGGUUGA